GGAACCCCACCAUCCCAACUCGACCCGGACUCCACCUCACGAGCAUUGAAUACGUUGACAUCACACGGCUGCGUUGACUCGUAGCUCCAGCCAUAGCUGAUCAUGUCUCAAUCAUUGCGCCCUUACUUGCAAUGCGUCCGAUCCUCCCUCACCUCCGCACUCUGCUUAUCGAACUUCGCAUCCCAGACGUCUGAGAGGCACAAUGUCCCCGAAAUCGAAGCACAGACAUCUCCGGAAGUGCUGCUGAACCCCCUCACAAUUUCCCGCAACGAGAACGAGCGUGUGAUCAUCGAGCCGAGUAUCAACAGUAUCCGCGUCAGCAUUAAGAUCAAGCAGGCAGACGAGAUCGAGCACAUCCUGGUGCACAAAUUUACGAGGUUUUUGACUCAAAGAGCUGAGGCAUUCUUCAUUCUGCGCAGGAGGCCAGUGAAGGGAUAUGAUAUCUCAUUCUUAAUUACCAACUUCCACACCGAGGAAAUGUUGAAGCACAAGCUUGUUGACUUCAUCAUCCAAUUCAUGGAGGAGGUGGACAAGGAGAUAUCCGAGAUGAAGCUCUUUUUGAACGCAAGGGCGAGAUUCGUUGCAGAGUCGUUCUUGACACCUUUCGACUAAAGAGUUAUCCCUGUUUUAUGACCUUGUAGCGUUUUGAUGUAUAUAUCAAAAUGCAUAUUGCGCGGCGUUGACGGAUCAAAAUAAAUCCUACUACAGA